AUGGAGUUUCCCACUCUUCUCCCGGACUAUCUCAGCGAGCGUAACUCGGUGUCCGUGACUCCUUUCAAUGAUACAAUAUUUGAGGAUCUGCUUUCUGUGCCUUCCAAAAGCAACGAGACCAGCAGGGUUGCAACCAGGGACACUACAAGUCUCGUCAUCGCGGUUUGCAUCACGGCUCUCUACUCUCUCAUCUGCGUGGUGGGACUGGUGGGAAACGUGCUUGUAAUGUACGGGGUGGUCAGGUACACCAAGAUGAAGACAGCCACCAACAUUUACAUCUUUAACUUGGCUCUGGCUGAUGCGCUCGCCACCAGCACCCUUCCCUUCCAGAGUGCCAAGUACCUGAUGAGCACGUGGCCUUUUGGGGAGCUCUUGUGUAAACUGGUCAUUGCCAUCGACUACUAUAACAUGUUCACCAGCAUCUUCACGCUCACCAUGAUGAGCGUGGAUCGCUACAUCGCCGUGUGUCAUCCGGUGAAGGCCCUGGACUUCCGGACGCCCGCCAAAGCCAAACUCAUCAACGUCUGCAUCUGGAUCCUCUCCUCUGCUGUCGGAGUCCCAGUGAUGAUCAUGGCUGUUACCAAGGUGACAGAUACAGGAAUCACUGUGUGCAGUCUUGCAUUUCCUAAACCAGAAUGGUACUGGAAAACAGUGACAAAAAUCUGUGUAUUCAUCUUUGCCUUUGUGGUGCCUGUCCUGGUCAUCACCAUUUGCUACAGUCUGAUGAUCCUGCGUCUUAAGAGCGUCCGUCUGCUCUCUGGCUCCAAAGAGAAGGACAGGAACCUACGGCGGAUCACCCGCAUGGUCCUGGUUGUUGUGGCAGUUUUCAUCAUCUGCUGGACUCCCAUUCACAUCUUCAUCAUUGUCAAGACCAUGGUGGAUAUUGACCACAAGAACCACCUCGUCAUGGCCAGCUGGCACGUGUGCAUAGCACUGGGCUAUGCCAACAGCAGUCUGAACCCUGUGUUGUAUGCCUUUUUGGAUGAGAACUUCAAGAGGUGCUUCAGAGAUUUCUGCCUGCCCUAUCGCUCCCGCUUGGAUCAGAGCAGCUUCUCCAGAGCACGCAACAGCACACGGGAGCCUGCAUCUGUUUGCGCCCCUGCGCCGACAGUGAGGUCGCCUGCCUGACUAGACAUGGAUCAGUUGGGUGGGAGAGCAAUGCAGGAUGACCUCCAGACUGAAGUCACACAGUUCUCCACCACAGGAGUCUGAAUCUACACAUGUGGGCUUCUGAUCUGCUGUUUAAAACGAACGAUUGAUUGUGUUUUUUGUUUCGUAUAAUGAAACGUUUAUGUGCCACUAGGUUUCGAAGCACAGUUCUUUUGGGAUUUUCUUUCAGGAUGAUCACAAACAUGCCAGUGUGUGCCUGUGCAUGACAACGUAUAAAAAAAUGUACAUAUUUUAUCAGAUUGUGUAAAAAUGCACACAGGAACAACCCAUCUGAACAGUA